UAUUUUGACGUGCAUUGGAGUUAGUUUUGAGUAGGGAAAGGUAGUUAGUGGUUGAUGCAGUUUGAUUUUGGCGCUAACGCUGUGCUGCUUGCAGGUGCCCGGCGCGUCAAGACGGAGGCAGAGCAGUGUGGCAGCCCCCCAGCAGGAGGAGCGCGGUGUGGCCUCAGCGCCCCGGGCGCUGGACAGGACGACUCGGACGGUGCCUGGCGCGUCAAGGUGAAGGCAGAGCAGUGUGAUAGCCCUCCUGCAGGUGGAUGCAGCGCCGGCGACCCCCUAGGACAGGACGACUCGGACGGUGCCCGGCGCGUGGAGACGGAGGCAGAGCAGAGCGGCAGCCCUGCUGCAGGAGCACCGCGGCGUGGACGCAGCGCCGCGACCUCGGGGCAAGGCGGCAAGGACGGGUUGGAGGCUGAGGAGCCGUGGCUGCACAUCGACGCCACCUUCUCGCUCGCCUCUGGAGUCGGCCACGCCAAGCAGGACUCCGCGGCCAGCGGCACGGCUGGGGACGGAGGGGCGGACCGCGCUGUCGCCUCGCAGUGUGCGGAGCGUGGAGCGGCCUUGGAUGCCGAGGCGGGCCUGGAGAAGCACCUCGCAGCGCGCGGCAAGCGGCACGCCUGCCAACACUGCGGCAAGGUGUUCCAGUGGGCGGCCGAGCUUGCAAGGCACUUAAGGACCCACACUGGAGAGAAGCCUUUCCAGUGCAAAGUGUGUGGGAAGAAUUUUGCGUUGUCAUUCAAUUUGACCAAGCAUGAAAGGAUCCACACUGGGGAGAAGCCUUUUCAGUGCAAAGUGUGUGGAAAGAAGUUUUCGGAGUCAAGCAAUUUGAUCAAGCAUGAAAGGAUCCACACCGGAGAGAAGCCUUUCCAGUGCAAAGUGUGUGAAAUGAAGUUUAUCCAAUCAAGCGAUUUGAAGGCACACGAAAGAACCCACACUGGGGAGAAGCCUUUUCGGUGCCAAGUGUGCGAGAAGCGAUUCACAUGGAGGUAUUCUCUUGCCGCGCACAGCAAGACCCACGCUAAGAAGAAGCUAGUUUAAUCCUGCACGUAGUUAUUGUAUGCGUUCGGCGUUCCCCAAAGCGGCCUGCCUCGGAAUGCGCAGAAGUGUUGAAACUUUUCGUGGUUCAAUGUAAGGACAGGCUUUUCGGUUCAAAUAUUGCAGGUGUAAUUUCUGUCCACCCCCGCUAGAGGUCAUUUGACUGCGCCUCUGACCUGUGUUUAAACGCACAGUGAAUUCUCAAUAUUCUUUUGUUACGAGCUUGAAACAAGUGUUCUGCUCAAUCUUGCGACAAAACUGUAACUUUUAACUGAUUUUUGUGACUAACUGGUUUUUUUUUUUUACUCUAUUUGGUAUUCAAAAUGUUCUCGCCCUGUGUACUUAGAAAUCUUUUGACCUGUUUUAUAUUCGUUACGGACUGGCUGGGUCGGAAUAUGAUGUAUUUUCUUUGUUGGCUUUUGAUUGUA